UAUGGGACCAAAUACUUCGAUUGAACCAGUGUAACAAGUCGACAACACACAUAUUCCACUGGUGAUGUGUUGGAAAGGGUUAAGCCGCAGGAAUGCAACACUCAGGAAUGUGCAUGCAAAUAGAUUUAUGCUAAUGAUAUGCUAAUGUACCGUUUGCUGGGAACGGAGUCAAGUCUGUCUGUCCCGGUCUGUCCAGGCCUAUGUGUUCAGCUAGGAACCCAAGAUGGAGGACAGGGGAACGCAAAACAUGGAUCUUUACUGAGUUUUUCGUCGCUUUUUAGUAUUCCACUGGAUUUUUUUUUCUACCGUACUUAUGGCGGAACUUAUAGAAGAUGAACAUGCCUAGAAAGGGGAAUGGCCAGCUGCCGUUACCCGACGGCUGGGAAGAAGCGAGGGACUUUGACGGCAAAGUGUUUUAUAUCGACCACAACACUAAACAAACAAGUUGGAUAGACCCGAGGGACAGGUUGACGAAGCCCCUGUCGUUUGCGGACUGUGUGGGAGACGAGUUACCGUGGGGAUGGGAGGCCUCAUACGACCCUCAGAUUGGCAUCUACUACAUCGACCACAUCAACAAGAGUACCCAGCUAGAGGACCCCCGGGCAGAGUGGAGGAAGGAGCAGGAGAGGAUGUUGAAGGAGUACCUGACAGUAGCCCAGGAUGCCCUGGUCACCCAGAAAGAGCUGUACCAGGUCAAAGAGCAGCGGCUGGCCUUGGCCCUGGAUCAGUACACACGCCUCAACGACGCAUACAAGGACAAGUCCAGCUCACGCACCAGCCUGUUCUCGGGGUCUUCGUCCAGCACUAAGUAUGACCCUGACAUCCUCAAGGCUGAGAUCUCCACCACCAAAGUCAGGGUGAAUAAGCUGAAGAGAGAGCUCUCCCAGAUGAAACAGGAGCUCAUCUACAAAGAACAAGGCUUUGAAACCUUGCAGCAGAUCGACCAAAAACUGUGUGGCGAGCAGAGUGGAUACCGUCUGAAGGAGGCCAAGGCCAUCGUGACGGAGCUCAAGUCUCUCCGCAGGGCCAUCAGCUCUGGAGAGAAGGAGAAACAGGACCUCAUGCAGUCUCUGGCUAAGCUAAAGGAGAGGUUCCACACGGAACAUAACAUGGGCCGUUCGGAACCAGACCUCCGGAACCCAGUGGGCUCCAGACAGACGCUAGAAGCCGGCUCCCAGACAGACGUCUCUGGAGAGGCUGGUUUGAGGAGCAGAUCAUCCUUGGCUGAGAAGGUUAGACUCAGUCUCCAAUAUGAAGAGGCCAAAAGAAGUAUGGCCAACGUGCAGGUGGAACUGGCCAAGCUGGAGAGCGAGGCGUGGCCGGGGGCGGUGGACGUGGAGCGGGAACGUCUCCUCCUGGUCUCGGAGAAGGAGGAGCUCCUCAAGGAGCUGCAGUUCGUAUCGCCACGGCGACGCACCCCGCAGGACCUCCAACGUCUGGAGGCCCAGAGGCUGCAGCUGGAGCAGGACCUGCAGGCCGUCAGGAACACCCCCAGCCACGCCCUGGCCCAGAGGUUGAAGGUGCAGGAGAGGAGACGAGUCCUGGUGCAGAGACUGGAGGAAUCAACCAGACUGACCACACUGCUCCACUCUCAGCUCAAGAGUUUGUCGGCCAGUACCCUGUCCGUCUCAUCAGGCAGCAGCCUGGGUUCUCUGGCCUCCAGCCGUGGCUCCCUCAACACAUCCUCCUCCCGCGGCUCCCUCAACUCCCUCUCCUCUGGAGACCUCUACUACACCCCCGCAGAACCCCCCUCUCCCCUGGACCUGGACUACCAGUGUAAACUGGACCUGCUCCUCCAGGAGCCCUUGACCCCCUCUGGGAUAACCUACAGGCGGGGAGACCCCCCAGGAACUAUCACCACCAUCCACGAACACGAGGUGGAGAACCCACACCCACACAACACGUCGCUUCACACACACGCCGUGGGAACCGGUACCACCGACCUGGUCCCAUUAGCGCCGCUGGUUGCGGUGUCCUCGAAGCCGGCCGAGCCGUCCAAGUCGGUGACGUCGCUUUCCUCGAGGUCGUCGUUGUCUUCUCUCUCGCCGCCGAGCUCGCCGCUGGUGCUGGAGGGGGUCGGUGCGUUCCCGUCGGCGGGCCCACAGGACUUUGGGGACGGCGACGUCGGUCUGGUGGUGUCGGACUUUUGCAGUCUCAGCCUGGGAUUCUACGACGGCCAGGGGAUGGGGAUGUUUGAGCCGGAGACGGGGGAGAGGGACAGAGGAGGGGAGGGGAGGGAAGGGAGAGGGGCACUGGCCACCCUCAGAGAGAGUAUUACAGACGUGGACCUCCAGAGGCCGGGGGAGGACAGGCCCACCUGUGUGUCAGCAGCCGUGUCAGACGAGUCUGUGGCCGGGGACAGUGGGGUGUACGAGGCCUCUAAUGUCAAACGUAGGUCAAUGGAGUCUGAUGAACCGGUGGUGUAUCUGGACGAUGAGCCUGUCCUUCCUGAGUCUGCCCAGGUCCAGAUAGGCCUGAAAUAUGAUGCUGCCAACUCCAGUUUUGUCAUGGUGAUCAUGCAGCUGCAAAACCCUGCUGCCCUGUCAGUCCCCUCCACUACCAGAGUAUACAUCCGGGUGGCGCUCCUCCCAUCUUCCAGUGACAUCAGCAGUCUGUUCAGGACCCGUGUGGUGCCCGUGGCGCUGCCCGACAGCGUGACGUUCAACGAGGUGUUCAGGGCGGCCGCGCCGCACGGCGUCCUCCGGCACAAGACGCUCCGCGUCGACGCCUGCACCGUGGGUCCUGGACGCACCGAGGACUGUCUGGCUGGAGCCCAUGUGAGUCUGGGAGAGCUUCCAGUGAGUGGGGAUAUGACCCGUGUGUGGUACAACCUGUUGACCAGUGAGAGGACCAGAGAGAUAGAAGAGGCCAGCCAGGAGAGACCUGGCCCUGGGCCAGAGCAGCACCCUGCAGGGCCCGUGGACAUGGAUGCGGUGUCGGCCCUGCUGCAGAGGACCUCCAGCGAGUUGGAGGCUGUGGAACAGGAGCUGGCCUUGGAGGAGAAGGAGAGAGCGAGCCAGCUGGACAUGGAUGGACACCAAUGGCUGAGCAUGCUGGGAGAGGACAGCCCUCAACUGGUCCUCGGACUGGAGGAGGAAGAAGAGGGGGAGGAGGAGAGGAAGGAUUCUGUCAAGGCAGAGAAGAGGUUUGCUGGCUCUGGGCAGGCGUACGGAGGGGAGGAGAGGGAGGAGAAGUGUCGAGAAGAGCCAGCCAGAGAGGAAGAGGAGGAGAGGAGAUGUAAAGAGAGACGCCCUCAGGCAAAUAAAGGACCAACGCUGGUGGAUGCGGAGACUAACACAGAGAUGUGUGGUGUGGCGGUGAGGCCUAAAGACAGACCCAGCCUGGGACCAGGACCACGCAGCGCUCAGAGAGGCUUCGUACGGAACAGUAUGAUCAUGAGGUCUCAAACCUUCUCCCCUGGGGAGCGCAACCAGUACAUCUGCAGGUUGAACCGGAGCGAUAGCGACAGCUCCACAUUAUCCAAAAAGUGCCCGUUUGUCCGGAACACCUCGGAGAGACGCAGCCUACGGGUUAAGAGGACCCUGUGCCAGCCGGUGGUGGUGCGGAGGCGUGGCGGAGCCGGGGAGACAAACACCCGGACCUCCCUGGACUUGGAGCUGGCCCUCCAGGCUUCGCGAACGCGUCAGAGCCGUCUGAACGACGAGCUCCAGGCCCUGAGGGACCUGAGGGCCCACCUGGAGGCCUUGAAGGCCCGGGGAGAGACGGAGCUGCCCGAGUCCGUGCUGCACGACCACCGGUUUCACAGGCUGCUGGAGCAGGCCGAGAGACAGGCGGAGCAAUCUAAGGAGCAACAGCGUCAGGAGCAGCGGGCUGAGAAGCUGAUGAGGAGGGCCUCCAAAGACGUGUGUCGGCUGAGAGAGCAGAGCCAGAAGGUCCCCCUGCAGGUCCAGUCUUUCAGGGAGAAGAUGGCCUACUUCACACGAGCUAAGAUCAAUAUACCAUCCCUACCGGCUGAUGAUGUAUGAUUACAUAGUGACACAAUGAAGUAUUUUUCCAACUUUUAUAGCAGAGUAUUUUAAUAGUGUAGUUUCUUUGAAUGAAACCAAUCGAAUAGUUUGUACACUAUAGUAUAUGCAUUUGUAUAAUAAGUUGUAAUUGAAUACUAUCUUGUAAAAAAACAAACAAAAAAACUAAAUAAUGGCUUUCUUAUAUCAAGAGAAAACCCAAAAUAGAGGUGUUUUGGUACUUGUAUUCUGCUCGUGAUUUUUCUGUACAGUUUUAUAAGGUGUGUUGGAGAGUGGUGUGUGUGUGGGGUGGAGGAGAGUGUGUGUGUGUGUGUGUGUGUUUGUCGCCCUCUGGUGUCCUGUGGUGGAACUGCACCACGGGGCAGGGUGCGGGGUAGAUUGAGUGAGUCUCACUCCCAGUCCCAAAUCAACCCCGAUCCCCUACCCCCUAUGCACUUAUGGAGAUCUAACAGGAUUGGAUAGGUGUAAGUUAUAUGGUAAUAACGACACUUUGCCUUCUGCUAGUCUAGAUGGAAUGUUCACUGUAUUUCUUCCAUGUAUCCAAUCCUCUCUGAUCUCCAGAAGUGUAUAGUGGGUAGGGGCUAGGGGUUGAUUUGGUAUUGGGCAUCAGUGUUAGCUAAGUGUGCGUAUGUGAGAGAGAGAAGGCGACCUACUACAGUAUAUCAUAUAUAAUGUCUUCUGUCCAAAGCUGGUGCUCUGCUAUUUUUUCUCUCUCAUUCAGAACAAAACAAACAUAAACCUUGUGAAUGUAAUGUAACUGCUUUUCCACUUCUAUCUAUCUCUGAGAUACUGCACUGAUACUGUUCUGUGGCUUCAUGCUUUUUACACCGACCCGCCGCAACGCUAAUUAUUACUGCGUUCACUGGGCUCUAGUCUCAAUUUUAUAGUUAAAUGUUUUGUCAGUUACUAGCCUGGUCCAGGAUAUGUUUUUGCACAAACUGAUCUGGGACCAGGCUAUUUUGUAGUUCACUCUGCAACUUCAUUUGUGAGAUUGGUUUUCCUUUCCCACCUGUUUCCCAACUGUUGAAGUAUUUAUUCAAAGGAUGAACAUAAAACCUCUGUGUUAAUGCCUUUUGUUACAGAUAGGUUCUCUGGACUAGAGAAAAGACCAUGCAGGAAACAUACUGGACCCAAAUCAUGUAAUUUCCAGCCUUCCAGUGUUUUUAAGGGGUCCGAAAUAGCACCCUAUUCUCUAUGUAGUCCACUACUUUUGACCAGAGCCCUAUGCGCCUUGGUCAAAAGCACAGAGCCCUAUGGGCCCUGGUCAAAAGCACAGAGCCCUAUGGGCCCUGGUCAAAAGCACAGAGCCUUAUGGGCCCUAUGAGCCCUGGUCAAAAGCACAGGGGUAAAAAGCACAGAGCCCUAUGGGCCCUGGUCAAAAGCACAGGGGUAAAAAGCACAGAGCCCUAUGGGCCCUAGUCAAAAGCACAGAGCCCUAUGGGCCCUGGUCAAAAGCACAGAGCCUUAUGGGCCCUAUGAGCCCUGGUCAAAAGUACAUGGGUCAAAAGCACAGAGCCCUAUGGGCCCUGGUCAAAAGCAGUGGGCUAUAUAGAAAAAGUCAAAUCAAUACUUUUUUGGUUUUAUCAUAGACAUGCAAGCUAUAAUAUUCAGUAUACAUCAGUUUCUUUGUAUAAUAAUGAGUUGUUAUACUCCAGUAAUUCAUUAUAUUUAUUAUUUCCUGCUCUAUUUUUCUGAAUAAUAGGACAACGAUUGACCUUUGUGGUUUCUUCUCUUUAUUUUGUAUCUAAUGUUUUGUUUGUGUGUCUGUAAACCAGAGAACAAACAGUA